UUGGACUAUCAAGGAUUUUAAAAGAUUAAUUGACCUUUACCCUAGAGGAAGAUUUUUAACAAGUGGCAAUUUUAUUUUAGAAGAUGAAAUUACAAAGGAAAGUUAUGAUUGUAGAAUCAGACUAUUUCCUAAUGGAAAUUGGCAAUGUCACCCAGCUGGUUUCGUCGCUCUUUACUUACAAGCUACGCCAAGAUCAGGAAAAAAUUCUCCACAAGGAAUUUUUCAAAAUUAUGAAAUUUUAAAAAUGGAAAUAUUCCGAUCCCCGAACACUCUCCCUCUUAAAUUAGCUCAUCUUACCGUUGAUAAUGUUGAAAAAAAUGGUCAAAAUUCUUAUGGAUUGGCUAAAUUUUGUCGAACUGAAUCAAUUAUCCCAAAUUAUUCAAAUUAUUAUGAUUCUGAAUUAACAAUUAAAAUGACUUUAUUGGGUUCACCAAUUAACGAUGCAACUCCAUUCGAACCUUUUUUAUAUAAUGAUAGAUUUUGUGAUGUUGAAUUUCAUUUCGAAUGUGGUGGUAAACUUAGAGCUCAUAAAGUAAUCCUUUCAACUCGUUCCAAAUAUUUUGAAAAAAUAUUAAUUUGGGAUAAUAUGGAAAUUGUGACCAAUCAAAUUAUUUCUAUUGUUAAUAGAUCAAAGGAAGAAAAAGAUGGUCACACUUUAAGAACUGUUAUAUAUAUUAUAUUUGAUUAUGCGUGUCAAUGUCGAAAUUUUAGUGAUCUAUAUGCACACCUUUGUAAAAAUUUAAUGGAUGGAAUGGAUCAAGAUAUUAUUGAUAAAUAUAUUAAAAUGCCAGAUGGUUACGUUGCAAAAGGUCGUAAUUUGUUUUUAAAAUAUUUAUAUACAAAAUGUCAAAUUGAAUUAGAAAAAGGUUGUGCAGCUGAUUUAUACAUUAAACGUGAAGAACGUGAAGAAAAUGAUUACUUUUUAGCCAUUAGAGAAAGAAAACGAUGGUUAGGUCUCGCUCGAUUCUUUGCUGAAUUAUUUAAAAGAAAUGUUAUUACUGAAUCAAUGAUACAUAAAUGCGAUCUGAUCGAAUUGCGUAAAAACGGUUGGAAUCCUGUCAAUAAAAAGUCCGAUUACGAUAGUUUAUAUGACAUCGAGAAGAUGAAUAACGAAGAUUUGAAACAAUUACAAAAUUCCGAUGUGAAGUCAAUUCGUAUUGAUGAUGUCGAUUACAAGACUUUUAAACGAAUUCUAUAUUACUUUUAUACCGGAAAAAUUGACCCUAAAUUGGAUGUUGAAGUUUUGAAGGGGUAUAUGUGA